CCACCCUUAAAUCAGAUGAAAUUAAACUAUCUAGAGAGCAAAAACUAACUUAUUCUCGUUUAUUCAACAAGCAAAUAUGGAUCAAGAAAUUAGCUUUGGAGAAUUCUUCCAAAAAUGGAUGAAGGAGCAAAACCAAUAUCUAACCGAGCUCAUUUCCACUGCGAAAGGUGGCAACAACAUGGUGGCUGAGGCAUUGAUGAAGCGAGUAAUGGAACACUAUGAGCAUUACUACAAGGUGAAAUCACGUUGGGUGGAAAAAGAUACAUUGGCAGGUAUACUAAGCCCGUCAUGGAUCUCAUCAUUUGAAGACGCAUUCCUAUGGCUAGGAGGAUGGAGACCAACUAUGGCAUUUCACUUACUCUACUCUAAGUCCGGCCUCCAGCUUGAGGGUCGACUUCUAGACUUAAUCCAUGGGCUCUCCACGGGGGACCUCGCGGACCUUUCCUCACACCAAGUUAUCAAAAUCGACACCUUACAAAGGGGUGUUGUAAAGCAAGAGAAGGAAAUAACAGAGAAAAUGGCUAAGUAUCAAGAAACAAUUGCAGAUCCAUCAAUGGUGGAGCUUUCUCAUAUGGCAACAAAGUUCAAAAUGGGAACAUCAGGAGGAGGAGGACAGAAUGAUGGUGAAUUAAAUAUGGUAGAGGAAGAAUUAAAAUUGGCUCUGGCAAGAAAAGAAUGUGGUUUGAAAGAAGUUGUGAAGAUGGCUGACGAAUUACGUCUUGAAACUUUGAAACAAAUUAUUGGGAUUUUGACAUUAACGCAGAGAGUUCAUUUCUUGAUAGCUGCUGCUGAAUUGCAUUUGAGGAUUCAUGAGUGGGGAUUGAAAAGAGAUUCGGAUCAACGUUAGGAAGAAAAAAUUAACAACUACUUUUCAUUUAUUAAAUAUGUCUUUUGUUGGGUCUUUUUUUUGGUGUUCUCUCAAUGCUUAGUUUACGAAGAAAAGAUAAAGCUCUUAUGUCGUUUUGUUUCU